AUGUUACGGCCUGAAACCACCAAUGCCGCUAUUGGGACUUUCGGCUCCAUUCUAACCCCAAUCCCGGGCUAUAGAUCUGCCGCUCCACAGCUGCUGAUCGAUUACCACCAGCCCUUUGAAAUGAUCAAAUAUAAAUUUGUAUUUACAAUCACCAUCAUAACCUGGAUUACCGCAGCCACAGCCGCAAUAAUAGACACAGGGACGCCAUUAGGAACUUUCAAACAAAAGCAGUAUUAUUCAACCUACCAAGAUGCCCGCUCCGCAGUUAUACAGGCCGAGGAUAAUCUCAGUACCGGUGGUCGUGUUCAUUUGAACAAUCGUGAAACCAAAGUGGAUGAAAUCUUUCUAAAGUACAAAUACGAUGAGUUGGCACGCGGGUUUCACGAUUCCGAUCACAAUACAGCUGCUUUGCAUUUCUUUAAAGCCAAGCCUAUAAUAGAUCGCAGCAAAGUUUUUCAUUUUCUUCAGCAUAUGCCCAAGGGGGCGCUGCUGCAUACGCAUACCUCAGCAUCGGUAAGCUCAAAAUGGGUGGUGCAAAAUAUUUUUCGAAUGCCGGGACUUCUAAGAUGUACCCGUAAAGAUGGCAUAAGUAUACUUACAUUCCGCCAAAUGCCUCAGAAACAUGGUUGUGUGACCCAAUAUGUAUCAGUAAAUGAAGAAAGAAGUCAUUCCGUCUCUGCAGUAGAAUAUGAUCAAGCUUUGGAGAGGCUCAUCAAUUUGUAUACGCCCACACCGGAAUUAGAAUAUCCCACCAUCAACCGGGUUUGGAGCAAAUUUCAGAAUAUGUUUAGCACCAUCUCCGAUGUUCUGUUAUACAUUCCGGCCUAUAGAUCUUUCUAUUGGCAAAUGAUGGAAGAGAUGUACAAUGACAAUAUCAUGUAUUCCGAAAUUCGCAUGAAUUUCUAUGAGUUAUACGACAUAAGUGGUCGCAUAUUUCCUCCUGAAAGGUGUAUAACAGAGUUGAAGGAAAUUAUUGAAAGCUUUAAGCAACAUCAUCCUGAUUUCUUGGGCUUAAAAAUUAUUGUUUCGGCCAAUCGUAAUGCAGAUGUACCAGAAAUGCGCGAACGUUUUGAAUCAUUUAAGAAAUACCAUUCCAUGUUUCCCAAAGAUAUUAUUGGUUUUGAUUUAGUGGGCCAGGAGGACAAAGGCAAACCUUUAAAGGAUUUUGUGAGUAUACUGCAGGAAAAGCCCAAAACAGCCAAAUUCUUCUUUCAUGCGGGGGAGACAAAUUGGUUUGGCUCCUCCACCGAUUACAAUAUCUUGGAUGCCAUUUUAUUGAAUACCACACGCAUUGGACAUGGUUUUGCUCUGAUGAAACAUCCUGUACUGUGGAAUGCGGUGAAAAAUCGUGACAUUGCCAUUGAAGUUAGUCCCAUAUCAAAUCAAGUUUUAGAUCUUGUAUGGGAUUUACGAAAUCAUCCGGGUUCUAUGUUUCUGGCUCAAAACAUACCCAUGGUUGUAUGCAAUGAUGAUCCUGGCUUUUGGAAUGCCAAGGGCUUGAGUUAUGAUUUUUACUAUGCCAUCAUGAGUUUGGCACCCAACGAUGCGGGGCUGAAGAUGCUGAAACAAUUGGUUUGGAAUUCCGUGAAAUAUUCCACAUUUGAACCAGACGAAAGACAAAGGGCUUUUACACUGCUGCAAACGAAAUGGGAUCAAUUUAUAGAUGAGGUCCUAAAAGGUUUAGUAGUUUAGCAAGAGUAUU